GUGUCACCUGUCUCGCUGUUGUGUGUGAGUGCGUGUGGCCGCUCUGGUGUAGUGCCGUGACUGUUACUCUCCCCAUUGAACUGUUCGUGGGCAUUACCAGUUAGUGUGAGUGUAAACACAUACCUCAGGGCUAAACAUUUAAAAGCAGGCAGCAGGCGGCGGGCGCGGCUCACCAUGGCGUACUCGCGAGUGGUGGCGGCGUGCGCGGAAAGGAAAGAGCUGUGGCAGGACCCUGACUUUCCAGCCACGCAGACCUCCGUUUUCUAUCACCAGACGCCGCCCUUCACGUUCUCCUGGCGCAGACCCAAGGACUUGGUGCAGAAUCCUGUGUUCAUCAGGGAAGACUCGCCCCACUUCGAUAUCGUCCAUGGCAAGCUGGGAGACCGGUGGUUCGGGUCGUGUCUGGGCUGCCUCCACCUCACCAAGGGACUCUUCUACCGCGUCGUGCCCGCCGAUCAGGACUUCGACGCGGAGUCAGGCUACUGCGGAGUCUUCAGGUUCCGCGUGUGGUGGUGCGGGGAGUGGCGCGAGGUGCUGGUGGACGAUCGCCUCCCCACGGUCAACGGCAAGCUGGUGUUUGUCCACUCCCAGUCCUUGUCGCAGUUCUGGCCCGCCCUGCUGGAAAAGGCCUAUGCUAAACUGCACGGCUCCUACGAGGCUCUCAAGUACGGCACCUCGCUGGAUGGCCUCUCAGACUUCACUGGUGGCAUAGCGGAGUCCGUGAGUCUCCGCGCUGACCCUACCACCUGCGGGCGCCUCUUGGCCAAGCUGCUGGACCUCACCUCACUCGUCACUGCCGUGGUCACCAGCAGCCACUCCUCCAAGACGCCCGCAGAGAAACUGGCCAGCGGCAUUGUCUUCGGAAUUAACUACAGGAUAUAUUGCAUCGAGAAGGUGGAGAGCUACAGCGGGGAGCAGGUGACGCUGGUGAGGAUACGCACGCCGCUGGGCACCACCGCGGAGUACCUCGGGGCGUGGGGCAGGGGCUCGCCGGAGUGGGACACGGUGCCGCCUAGGGAGAAAGAGCGACUGAACCUCAAGUACAUGGCAGAUGGGGAGUUCUGGAUGGCGUACAGUGACUUCGUGCGGACGUUCUCCCAUCUGGAAGUGAUUCACCUGGAUGGCGAGACCUCCCGCGACGAGCCCUCCCUCAGACACAAGACGCCGUGGAUCUCGCGCGUGUACCAGGGGGCGUGGCAGCGAGGCGUGACGGCAGGUGGAUGCAGGAAUAACCCAGACACUUUCCACAUCAACCCUCAGCUGCAUCUUAUCCUGAGUGACAUGGAGGAGGUAGUGAUCUCCCUCAACCAGCACUCUGUCAUGGAGCCCAAGGUGGUGGGCUUCACAGCGUAUCCACUCUCCAAGAACGGCCUGGACUCCAUCAGUAAAGCCUUCUUCAAGAAACACAAAAGUCUCGUCAACUCACAGUAUACGAACAGUCGUCAGGUGUGUGAACGAGUACAGCUGGAGCAAGGUGGCUACAUCCUGCUGCCCACUACCUUUGAACCUGGCCAAGAGUCUGCCUUCACCCUCAGAGUGUUCUCCUCCAAGCCUCUCAAGCUCAAACUGGUGGACACUCCCUCUGCCCUUGUCCAGCCAGCAGUGGUUAAGGCACGAGACUCAGUGGAUGCCAAGAGCCUGCAGCAGUAUGAAGCUGUGUUCCUUCAGGUUGCUGAUGAACAUCGCACAGUUAAUGCCUUUGAGUUACAUGAGUUGCUGGAGGCCUGUCUGCCUAAUGACUACAUCAAGAGCUGUGCCAGUCUGGACAUCUGCAGACAAGUGAUCCUUGCACUAGAUAGUUCUUCCACGGGGAGACUGCGCUUCUCUGACUUCAAGGAUCUCAUGGUUAGCCUGAAGUUCUGGCAAAAUGCCUUCAAGACCCACACGAAGGAGCGGACAGGCAUCCUGAAGGCAGAGAGACUGAGGGAUGCACUCGAGGAUGUUGGAUUCCAGUUGAGCACGGAGGUUGUCUCCACUCUAGUCCUGCGCUACAUGAGGAAGGAUGGCACUCUUAGGUUCGGGGAUUAUGUGAGCGCCAUCCUCCACCUCUCUGUUGCCUUCAACAUAUUUGAAAAACGAGACCCUCUUCAGAAUGGAUCAGUGAAAUUUACACUGGGGGAGUGGUUGAAGAAUGCACUUAUGUGCUAAUGCAGACUUUUCCUUCACUGCAUUUCCUUCAUCUUCCCUGAUGGUGCUAGAGACAUGUGGAAGGAUCAGAGCAAUGGCUGAGCACUGAUGUCCCAAGGAAUCCAGGCCUACUUUGCAAGUGACAAGUCCUUUUACUCAAUGAAGUCUGGAAUGUAAAUUAGUUCUGCACAGUUAUCUGUAGCCUGUAAAUAGUUUUCAUAUUGAAUUUUCAUAUAUAUGUAUAGAUUUAGUGUUUGAAUGGAUGAAAGAGUAAUAAAUAGUUGCUGAGCAUUGUGACCCGUACAAUAGUCUUAUAACUGAGAAAAAAUGUUAAUAAUCUUACAGAAAAGUAUUUUAUUUGUUUAUAAAUUGAAAUGCUACUUUUUUAUUGUAAUAGGGAAAACAUGAGAUAUUUUUAUAUAUGUAAAUGUAGAAAUUCUAUCUAUUUUAAAAGUUUUAAUUAAUGUAUAUAUGAACUUGAACAUUUUUCUUAAUAUCUUGUGUAAGUGAUUAUCUUGCAUUUUCAAGCUUCAUGCACAUCAAAUUUUUGAAAACUUUUGUAGUACACACAGCUUUGACAAAGCUGGCAAUAAUGUCUACCAUGUCAAUUACUGUUGUAUUUGUCUUUUGCAUGAAGCUGAUUUGAUUGUUAUCUUUCACCCCAUAAAAAAGCUUGAAUGAAUGCACAAAGUACUAGAUGCUGCUGAUGCAAGGAAAGUGUUUCCAGUACAUUUUUAAGACUGAUGUACCAAUCCUUUAUCCAGCACAUUUUUAUUUUUAAGCAUGAUGUACCAGAGAUAGGCAGAUCCAUCUCUCAUGAGUCAACAUAUAGCAAAUGUUGUUUAAUCUGCAACAUGGUGUAUAUAUGAUGCAAAAUGUGAUGAAAUGUAGAAAACAAGAGCAGUAGAAUCACUGUUCUACAUAUUUUAUGGUAUUAACUGGAAAAUUCUAAUAACCCAGUACUACUAAUUGUCACACAACUACAAGUUUUUUGAGGGCCAGUUAAAAGAAGAAUUGUAUCAAAAGUCUAUGAACAAGUAAGAAAUUCUUUCCUUCUGGCAGAGUUUCAUAACACUAAAACUGUUUGUCUAUACUCUUUACUAUACCAUCAAUCCCUGUCAUAUGGGGCAACCAAGACAAUACAAGCCCUCAUAACAUGCACACACCCAUCCUUUCAAUCACAUCCACGAUUCCCUCACAUCUUGGCUUGUAGGCCUCUGAGAUGAGGGAAGACUUAUCUUUGACCACAUCGUGUGAGGGUCAGUUGUGCAACAUAGCCAGAUCUCUCUGCAUCAGGGCUGACGGCAGAGCUUGUCUUUUUCCUGAUGCACCUCUAUCCCUUUACUUGUAUAAGACUAAUUUCUAUAUUUCCUUUAAUUUUGCAAAAUAUGUAUAAAUGAGCUUUAUUCCCUUAAGAAAGCUUCAAUGUAUGUAUCAUGUAUAAAACAUUUAUUGAUAGGCUAAUAUAUGAUUGAAAUUUUAAAAUACUCAAAAAUUAUAUUUUGUAAAUACUUGUACAUAGAAUUAUAAAAUAAUAAAAAGGUCCGUACAUGUUUUAUAUUGUCAAUUAUAGUAUGAAUCUCAAUAAAGAGUAACAACAGUAA